CCACGCCACCUUUACGUGAUCGCCUCCUGGCCGUGCUCCCUCCCACUGGCCGCUGCCCUGCUCAUGCUGCUCAUGCUGCUGCUUCUCUUCCUCGUCGCCUCUGCCCCCCCCGGCUUCUUUCACUUUCAUAGCUCGAGCGCGCACAGCGAGGACGUUGGCCUACGACGGUAACUCCUGCAGGAACAAACCCCAAAGCGAGUGGAUAUUGAAACUAAACCGACAGGCGAACGACCAGAAGAGGUGUCGGCUGAAAGAGAGCCAACAGCUCGUCUGUUCGGAAGCAGACCGGUACAUCAAUGGAAUGUGAAUCACUAAUUCUAAAGGGUUCCAUGGACAUUGAGGACGAGGAUAAGCUGCUUUGGGACCAGCUGGAGCGGUUCCGCGAGGUCAUCGUGAACAGCAUCAAGGCCUCAAGGGUGACGCAUCACCUGCGAUCGUAUGGGGUCAUCUCCGUCCAGGAUGAGGAGGAGGUGACGUGUGGUGACUUGACCCUCAAGAAUGAGGCCAUGCGCAUGAGCCGUUUGUUGGACAUCUUGCAGACCAAGGGCAAGAAGGCCUACGAAGUGUUCAUGACACUGCUGGAGACGCAAUACCAAAAUGUCUACACCAAGAUCAGUGGAAACCCUCCUAAGGCUGGCCAAGAGUUUCCAGAUCCGUUGCCGCUGUUGGAGCAGCAUCACAUGGCCGAGCCGUUCCCCCGCUGCCUCAUCGCGCAGCUCGUGCGGCUCGAGUCCCAGCUGUCGUCGAAACAGCGCGAGCUGGGCCACCUGCGGGGCAAGAUCGCCGCCCUCGAGGAUCGACUCAAAAUCCUGGAGGCCAAGGGCGUGGAGCUCGUGCAGGUGCAGGACCGCCUGCAGCGUGUGCAGGAGGAGAGGGACAACUACAGCGACGAGCUGGCGCGAGUUAAAGAUGAGAACUACACGCUGGCGAUGAGGAUGAUGACGAUGAGCAACGAGCGCACCGCGGCGCACAUGAGGUGCCGUGAGCUGCAGCUGGAGGUGGACGAGCUGAAGCACGUGUGCAACGAGGCCAAGCGCGAGUGCGAGGUCGUGCGGCGCAACUCUCGCCGCGUGCUCAAGGACAUGGAGCGCAGGCCACACGCGGAGGUGCUGCUCCAGCUGCAGCAGGAAAAUGCCCUGCUCCGCAACCGCGUGGGCAAGGAAAAGGGAAACAAUUCUAACGUCUCCUGCGAACACCUCCAGGAACGAGAGGAAUUGCUAAAUCAGAUUUUCUCCCUCCGCCAAGAGUUAGCACGGGCAGAGGAGCUCAGAGAUAAGUACCUGGAAGACAAAGGGUGCCUGGAGCUGAAAUGUGACACCACGGAGAAAGAUUGCCAGAUGCACAAGCACCGCAUCGCGAGCAUCCUGGCCGAGCUGCAGGACGUGGAGAAGGAGCGAGAGAAGGCACUGGAGUCGCGGGACCACGCUCAAGGGGAGCACGCGCGCUGCCUCGCCAUCAAGGACCGGCAGCGCAAGCAGCUGCGCGAGCUGCAGGAGCAGCUGGACGCUCUGCGCGUGGAGUUCGCGCAGAGCCAGGCGCAGAUCAACAGCCUCAACGCCUGCGCCAAGAAGCUGCAGGCAAAACAUUCGGCGAGCGGGACGGCGAACCUCUUGAUGCCGGCGAGCGGCCGGGGCAUGACCAGCACGGGGUCGGAGCCGAACCUGAGUCAUCCCCACGUGAUCAACAAGAGUACAUCUUUGCAAGACAACAUCUCGAAUUUAUCACUCGAUUUCCACGAUGAAGUUGGUCUAUGCAACUCACUCCCAGCCUCGACCCUGAAAGCAGCGUUCAUGGAAGCCCACCAAUAUGCUUCGAGGGAAGAUGUGACUAAUGGCAAGUAUAAAGAAGGGUCGCCGACGGAAACCGCGCCGAACAAGGCGGAAAACGACAAAAGCCCAACGGUUGAUUGCCAGCAUCAACAAUUCCGACCUCCCAGGCUUCGUCACGGCAAUUUCGAUGCAUUCAACACUCCUGAAAACCCGCGCGUUUCAAAACAGCACGAGGAGGAAGACCCGACCUCCACUGAUAGAGACACAAGGGAGUUGCUGAAAUUUCCCGACUGCAGGACGGACAGGUAA